AGUCGAUCACAUUUGUCAGCUCAAACUCUGCAGUGUUAAUAGAAACACCAACAGGCUGCGUAAGCAGCAGCCCCACGUGUCCAUGUUGAUGCAUUUAUGUUAAUCAACCCUUCACAGGCCAUGGAGUCAAACUCGUUCUGACGUAUUUGAAUGCUCCAUUGCACCCUCGUACAGGUACAGACGUCUUUGUGUGGACCUUUGCUCCUCCUUGUCCUGUUAAAUACCCAAAGGAUGGGCAUCUCAGUGUCACUGCAGAGGGAGGCUCAGCCUACACACUGUAAACGCUGCAAACACUGAGACACUGUGAUUGAAACCUGAAAAGUUUUUAGAACUUUUGCCACCAUGACCUCUUUUGACGACAUCUUGGAAGAAGCCGGGAAGUUCGGCCGCUGUCAGAAGCGAAUCUUCGCCCUGCUGUGCAUGGUGUCCAUGCCGUGGGCAGGCGUCUACGUCGGCAUCGUCUUCCAGGGUUUCACCCCGGAUCACUGGUGCCGGGACUCGGGGGUGGUGCAGAGGAGGCAGGCUUGCGGCUGGAGCCUGGCGGACAGUCGCAGGCUGACGGUGCCGCUGGUCAACAGCUCCGGAGUUCUGCAGCCGAGCACCUGCGAGCAGUACGAGGUGGACUGGAACGCCACAAGCCUGACCUGUGAUGCACAAGAACUGGACCUCAGCAAGACUCCCGUCACUGGCUGCAAAGACGGCUGGGAGUACGACUACCCGGGACGACAGUCCUUUGUCACUGAGUUCGACCUGGUGUGUUCGGACGCCUGGUUGGUUGACAUGUACCAGGCCACCCUGAACGUGGGCUUCCUGGUCGGGAGUAUCGCCAUCGGAUAUCUGGCCGACAGGUUUGGCAGGAAAAUGAGCUUCCUGAUGUCCAACCUGCUGAACGGGAUCGCAGGGAUCCUGGUGGCCGUGGCUCCGGACUACAUCUCUUUACUGAUUUUCAGGACGCUGUACGGCUUCGGAGUGAAAGGAGGCUGGGUGGCCGGAUACGUGCUGAUCACAGAGAUCGUUGGCGUGGAGUUCAGGCGCACGGUCGGAGUCGUUUAUCAGAUGUUCUUCAGCGUCGGCAUCCUCUUCCUGCCUCUGCUCGCCUACUACAUCAGCGACUGGCGCUGGCUGCAGGUCGUCAUCACCGUCCCCUACAUCGUCUUCCUGUCCUACUACUGGUUCAUCCCAGAAUCUCCACGAUGGCUCCUCUCUCAGAACAAAAAGUCCAAAGCCGUGGAGAUCACGGAGGCCAUGGCCAAAGAGAACAAGAUGACGCUGUCCAAGAACAUCGAGACUCUGGCUGACGAUAACGCCGACACCUGCACCGCCUCCUUCAUGGACCUGAUCCGAACUCCAAAGAUGAGAAAACACACGUUCAUCCUCAGCUACAACUGGUUCACCAGUGCGGUCGUGUACCAGGGUCUGAUCAUGAGGUUGGGAAUCCUGGGAGGGAACGUCUACAUCGACUUCCUCAUCUCUGGCCUGGUGGAGUUCCCCGCUGCCUUCCUCAUCCUCUUCACCAUCGAACGUAUCGGCCGUCGCCUUCCUUUCGCUACCGCCAACUUCGUAGCCGGAGCCUCCUGCUUCAUCACCGCCUUCAUCCCUGAAAGCAUGUUCUGGACCAAGACGGUGGUGGCGUGCAUCGGUCGGCUGGGUAUCACCAUGGCCUUUGAGAUGGUGGUGUUCGUUAACACCGAGCUGUACCCAACGUUUGUCAGGAACCUGGGAGUGUCGGUUUGUUCCACGCUGUGUGACGUCGGAGGCAUCGUGGCUCCGUUCCUGCUCUACCGGCUGGCCGUCAUCUGGCUGGAGCUGCCACUCAUCAUCUUCGGGUGUCUGGCUUUCCUGGCUGGUGGUUUGGUGCUGCUGCUUCCUGAGACCAGAGGCGUGCCGCUGCCCGACACCAUCGACGAUAUCGAGUUCCCAGACAGGAUAAAGGAGAAAGUUCAUCUGAACCAGCAGUUGACCAACCUGCUGCCCAACAACGACGUAUCAACCAACAAAGAUCCAGCAACUGUUUAAUCUCUGUCUGUGAACAAAGUAUUUAUUUAACAGUGUUGCUUGUAGAUAUAUUACAUCAGGUUAUAUCAGAUAUAUUAGCUCAUAUUGUGUUAUAUUAUUUAGCUUUUGAUUUUUAUCAAACCUUUCAGUUGGACUGAUGUGCUGUAAAUUAUUAUGUUGUUAGAAUUAUAACAGAAUUACAUUAUUAAAUUAUUCUAAUGUUUU